AUGGCCGAUACUCAAGCCCCCGUUAAUGGCAAUUACCCUGUGCCCCACGCCUAUCAUGAAUCUUACAAUCAUGCCCAUGCUGUUGCGAACAAUGCCUCGAAUUUCCAGCCAGCGCAAUCUACCACUCCCACCAAUGUCCCUUCUAGUGAGCAAAAGAAUGCGAUCUCUAAGGAUGAAGUUGGUUGGUAUUUUGUUGAGCAAUACUAUACCAAUAUGAGCCGUAGUCCGGACAAGUUGCAUCUUUUCUACUCUCGGCGCUCGCAGUUGGUCUUUGGAACUGAAGCAGAGUCGGUUCCUGUUGCUGUGGGUCAGAAGGCUAUCAACGAGAAAAUAAAACAGCUUGACUUCCAAGACUGCAAGGUCCGGGUUUUGAACGUGGAUUCUCAGGCGUCAUUUGACAACAUCUUGAUCUCAGUCAUCGGUGAGAUCUCCAAUAAAUCCGAGCCAUCUCGCAAGUUCAUCCAGACCUUCGUUCUUGCUGAGCAACCCAAUGGAUACUAUGUUCUCAAUGAUAUCUUCAGAUACUUGGUUGAUGAGGAGGAUAUCGUAAAUGAGGAGCCCACUCCCGCUGCGACUGCUGCAUCUGCUGCGCCUGCCGAGCCUGCCGAGCCUGCCGCAGAGCCGGCUGCCGAUGAACCCACACAGCCGGAGACUGAGAGUGCUCCGACUGUGGAGUCCCAGGUGGCCGACGAAGUCACAGUCGCCAAGGUGGACGAGAAGCUUGACCAGGCGGAAGAAAAGGCCGAGGAAGAACAGCCAGAGGAACCUGCACCUCAGGCCAAUGGAACCGAGGCCCAGACCAGCGAGGAUGUUCAAGAACCUGUCGCCUUAGCUGAAUCUGAAGCCUCCAAGACGGAAAAGCCCGCCGCCCCGGAGCCUACGCCUGCCCCAACAACACAGAAGGAAAAUGUCGCUCCGGCCAAAGAGCCUGCUGUACCCGCCAGAGCCGUACCAAAGACCUGGGCCAACAUUGCCUCCAAGUCGGGCGCUACUGCUCCUGUUGUGCCUGCCAUUCCCGUUGCUCCGGCUAAGCCCGCACCUGCUACCAGCUCCGCCCAGUCGGUCCCUGCUCCUGCUGCUGCGGCUGCCACACCUACUCCUGCUACUGAUAGCACUCCUAGCCAGCCUCCAUCCAAUGAUGGGUCUGGCUGGCAAACUGCCGGUCACGACCAUAAGAAGACCCAGCCUCGUGCGAGUGAUGACCAGAACGUUAUGGCUUAUAUCAAAAACGUUACUGAUAAGGUCGAUGCAACAUUGCUCAAGCAGACUUUGUCCCGCUUUGGAAAGCUCAAGCACUUCGAUGUGAGCCGUCAGAAGAACUGUGCUUUUGUUGAGUUCGCUGACCCUGCCGGCUACGCCGCUGCUGUUGCUGCCAACCCGCACCAGAUCGGAACUGAGCAGAUCUCCGUAGAGGAACGCCGUUCUCGUACUAGCGCCUACGGGGGAAAUACUAACUACGGCGCUGGUCGGGGUGGCUCUGGCCGUGGUCGCGGCGACCGUGCCGGUAGCCAGGGCCGUGGUGGCUUCCAGCGUGAUGGUCGUGGUGGCUUCGCUCCCCGUGGCCGUGGCGGCAGUGGCAACGUCAACGCUAAAGCCCGCAACCAGGCUCAGGCUGCUUAG